AUGCCGAACAGAGGCCCAACACUGAUCAACCUUCCCCCUCCACCAUCAGAUCCUGCCACCCCGAGUGAGAUGGGACCCGGCACGCCAAACUCUACAACUACCUGCCUCUCAACCUUGUCCGUAGUCGCAAUUAAAGACGGCGCGAUGGGACACAGCGGGCGAGGCGCCGCUGCAUCUGCCAAUACUCUUGAAGCUGAAAGAGCCGAUCGAAUCUCCCGUCUUGCAGGUCUCGAACGUGUCGCUACUUCUCGGCAACCACAUCUUGGACAAUUUGGCUCCGGACCGGGCGCCUUGUAUGGGCAAGGCUCCUUUGACAAUGUACCACAAGUGAGAGAAAGAAGUACCGUCGGCAGUGCGAGUGCGACAGGAAGUGUAGGAGGCAGAACCACUUGGGCAAGUGAGAGCAUGGACUACGAUGCAGAUAAAAUGAGUGAGGAUCAAGACGAGGUGUCAAGCACUGGAGGUUUCAGCGAUGAGGACAAAGCCAGCCUGGUGGGAUUCGGUGAAGGAGCAGGAAGCACCGUCAGCGGUCCCGUGUCUGCACCAUAUAAUUCUCGAGCGUCAAUCUCACGACAGAGCACGAAUGUCAACGCGCCCUCAACACCACGCACGGGAAACAUUCCGGCAUUUGGGUCGGGGCAAAGCACACCUAUGAGUGGCAUCAUUCCUAGUGGACCUACUGGGAGCACCGACCCCAAAAUGAUGGACGGGAUGAGUUACGAUCAAAAUUUCGUUGAUACGACGAUGCAGCCAGCCCCACCGAUCGACCAGUCUUAUCAGGGCAACCGAUUCUCGGGUGUGGGAACAGAAAUGGCGGAGGGAAUCCUACGAGAUCGGAUAAGUGAGGCGGAUCAAGGGCGUCGACCUUUGGGCACGGCUGAAGGCCAGACUCUUGGUAAAUUUCCGUUCGAAAAGGAAUGA